AUGUCGGACGACAUCCGCGCUGCUAUGCUGGGGGUGGAUUCCAGCGGCACCGCACCGACUUCUUCGAGUAAUGUCGAGGAGGAUAACGCCGAUUAUGCACCGCAUCGCCUUGACUCCCGCGACUACAGUGACGACUGGGAUCGAGGUGCAUCUAGCACUGCACCACCUGUACAUCAAGCUCCACCUCAAGCACCGCGCCGCAACGCAAGGCCCAGCUUCCCCUUCGCACGGCCAUCGUACGAUGAGUACGAUCGGCGCCGCGCUGAAGCCGAACGUGAUUGGGGCAAUGCCGACUUCGACGAGCCAGAUAUCUAUUGGCAGCACCGCCCAUGCCCAGCAUCCUGGACAGACCGCCUUUGCACCGCACCGCGUGCACGGGAGGAUGCCUUCUGCUCCUCGUCUUCCUUCUCGUCUGCGAACGAUCUCUACUUCUCGACCGUUUGCGGCGGUCUCUCCUCGACCGGCGACUUCUGCUGCCGCUGCUGCGGCCCAUAUUUUCGAACUUAUUUCAAAUCUUAA